AAUGUUUAAUAAAUAAUUUCGAAAACAAAUCCAAAAUCACCCAAUCGAAAACAACGAUUCCCCACAAUCGAAGAAAAUACAAGUCCACGCGGACUCUCUCUCACUUUCUCAUCAAUUCUUUAUACACUGGACUCGAUUUUCCCUUCUUCACUGGAAAACUGGAAACCCUAAACCUCCAAAUUCAUUGUUUUUAAAGUUUGUUUUCGCGGAUGGAACCGGCGCUUAGCUUUUGAAUGUUCCCGGCAAAACUCACUCCACUUGCAGACUAAAUGGUGACGACUCUCAACGCCUCCGUGACAACUUGGAUCCGUCACUUACUCGCUUGCAUGGGUGGUUGUUUUGGAUGCUGCACUAAACCCACACCAAUUAUUGCCGUCGAUGAGCCGUCCAAGGGAUUGAGAAUUCAAGGUCGAACUGUUAAGAAACCUGGCAUCUCAGAUGAUUUUUGGAGCAGCAGUACAUACGACUUGGACAAUAGUGCUCUUCAAUCCCAGAGAAGCAUCUCAUCCAUCAGCACCUCCAACCAGACCCUCACCCAUGGCAGUGUGGCUGGUAGCACAAGCAGCCAGUCUGACUUUGUAAAUAAUGGUCUUGUUCUCUGGAACCAGACCAGGCUUGAGUGGAUUGGAAGUGGCAAGCCUAGAAAUCAUACUCCAACAAGUCGGGAAAGCAGAUUAAGUUGGAAUUCAACGUAUGAAAGAUUGGUUGGAACCAAACAGAGACAGUCUUUCACGCAGCGCAUUCCUUUGUCAGACAUGAUAGACUUUCUCGUGGAAGUAUGGGAGCAGGAGGGGCUGUACGAUUGAGCGAGUAUCAGACUCUGCCUUUUAAUGUCAGAAAGAUACUUGAUCUUUGUAAAUCUCAGAGUCGUGCUUACAUGCCGGGGGCAAAGAAGGAACCGGAACGAUGAAAAUAUGUUUCAAGUUUAAUUGUAAUUUUACCCAGUGAUAUUUUCAUCUUGUGUGCCCCCAUGGAACGGUGGAACAUGCCCUCUGCCGCAGACGAUAGAGAACCAGUUGCCUUUGCUUGCGUGAAUACCAAAAGUAUAAAGUGUUUCAAAACUAUACUAAACUAAGCUUCAUCUCAUGGUGAUCUUUUGUAUGUAUAAAUGUCUGUUUCUGUCCUUUUUUUUUCUUCCCCCCAAUGUGUAAGCAUUUUCUAUUUCGGUGCC